AUGUUCAGGGCCCUGAUGGGCGGGGGCCGUUCCUCCGAUGCCCGCAGCACAACCUCCAGCUCCAAGAGCAGUAGCCGCCGCCGAACCAACUCCAAGGCUUCUUCGACGGUCAGCCGCAAGUCCUCACGGGGUGACGACCGUGAUCGUGGCUUAGGCGACUUGUCGACCUACUCUUCCUCAGGCAGCCGCAGCAAGCAAUACGCUCCUAGCGCAGCGGGCGAUUCUGUCGCUUCGAGCUAUGCGACGGCAGAACCGCGCAUGUCGGUCGAGCACGAUCGGAUUAUUAUUGAACGGACACCCAAACGCAGAGAUACCGAUGAAGAAAGCGGUCGCGAUAGAUUUUCUGAUAUUCGCGACAGGGAUGGGCGCAGUUCUCGCAGACGCGACCGGGACCGAUCGCAGAGUCGUGAGCGUGAACGGCCGCGGUCGGAGAGGAACGAGCGGGCGCAACUGGAAGAUGACGCUGUAGACCCUCACGACCGUCGUCGGGAAAGGUCACGGACUCAGUCCGGCGAUACGUAUUUGCCGCCUGUUUCCACAUCGAUGCCCAUUCAGCCAAAUUCCCACAUGGUCUACGACCCCCAUAUCCAGCAGCAGUUCCCAGGUCAGUUCCCUACUUAUGUUGCUGAGCCAUAUCGGCCUCCGAAUCCCGCCGGCGAAGCAGCCGAUUACUAUGGUGAUCAGGGACAGUCUGUUGCGGAGCAGCCAGGUGUGCGCCCGAAACCUCCAUCCAUCAUUCCCAACAGCCAGGCGCAUCUCAUGACUGCGUCACCUACCGCCAAUCCACCACCGGAGCCGAGCAGCAUGGGCCAGGUGGGCGCAGCAGCUGCAUACUUCGCAGACGCCGACCUAGAGGUGGUUCCAGCGCCAGGACGACCGGAUCGUCCAACUGCUGGCGCAACGUCCAAGCCGCCCAAGCCAUCUAACGCUACGUUUGGCAUUCCGGGGAUGGCUGCUGCUGCUGCUGCCUAUGGAGCAGGAAGCAGUUUUCCCUUGCCGGCCAGCCCGACAUCGCCUCCGGAACCUGUUGCAACGGCUGCUCCCUAUGCCCCUCCUGUGACAUCCAGCACCUCCAAACCGCCGCAUAACCAUGGUAUCGGAGCCUCGGUUGGAGCGGCAGCCGCGGGUGCUGCAGCGGGUUACAUGCUUGGCCACCACCAGCACCAUUCGAUGUCGAACACCGACCAUCUAUCCCAGUAUACCAUGCAGAAUUACGACGAAUCUUCCCAGCAUGGGUUCGGAAACCCAGGUCCGACAAUCCAUAAUGCACCCGCCAAUUCAGCGUGGUACGCUGCUGGAACAGGAGCAGCCUUGCCGUAUGCUGCAAGCCCUCUGCAUCCCCACCAUGCUGCUGUCCACCACGGGGCUCCCUUCCCUUCGGGCAACUUGGCAUUUCAACAGCGCCAACGUGGUCCGCUUGACAAGUUCAUCGACUUUUGGCGUGAUCCGGAGGGUGUUGGUAUGUUUGAAGACUAUACGGAAGCCAUAGGCGUCUGCAAAUACUGCUUCGAACCCGGCACUUCCUCGCGUGAUGCACCUCGUAAACAUCACUAUCGCCCACGUCGUUCGUCCGGCGAGCGCUAUAGCGGUGGCUCGCGGGUGGGAAAGGCAAGUCGCUAUACAUCCUCCGAGGAUGAAAGUCGCCGACGGAAGAAGUCAUCGCGGAGUUCCUGGCUGCUGCCUGGACUGUUUGGUGGAAUUGCGGCCAAAUCGCUUUUCAACAACAAGGAUUUUGAGGACACCUAUAGCGUCCGUUCGGGCCGAGUAAUGACCAUCAACGACACCGAAAGUGUCUCAACCACACGACGGAGCCAGACCUCGCGUGGCGUCUAUAGGCGUCGCAGCCAGUCUCGAGACCGCGAGUCCCGCAUCAAUUACUUAGACUCGAAGAAGAGCCAAAUUGAGGGUGGACGACACCGUUCUCGGUCCCGAUCCCGUUCGUCCUCCCGAAAUGGCCGCCAUUCAGCGCUCAGGGAUGCAGCCCUAGGUGCUGCAGUGGGCUCAGGAGCUUUGGCUUUGGCCAAGUCCCGUCAUCGAAGCCGCAGUCGCAGCCGCAGUCGAUCACCCAGAAAGGCAAAAGGGAGAAAGUCGUCAAAUUCUGACUCUUCCUCUUUUCUUGAUAUCUCCCAACCUGCUCGAAAGUCCGUUGGCGGUGGCAUUGCUUCGUUCUUCACGGCUUCCUCUGAAAACCGUAGCAAGCGCCGAGUCAAAAAACGCAGGAGUAUCUUUUCAUUCAACAACUCAUCCUCUUCUUCGCUUGAUGCGGACUUGGCAUUCGGCGCCGGAUUCGCGCGAAAACCGGCUGGCAAGUCGAACAAGAAGAGCACUAAGAAGAAGGACCGUGACGUAGACGCAGCUUUGCUGGGAUUAGGCGCUGCGGCCACCGCAUUAGCUGCUACAUCUCAUCGACGAAGUCGGCGGACCGGAGAGAUUCUCGCGGCCAAGGAGACGCGGUCGCGACACUCGGAUUACGCAUCAUCCGUCACUAACGAUGAGGGCUGGGAAGAUCUGGACUCAGGGGACCAGUCGUCCUCCAGUGUCAGUUCGGCGCUCGCGUUCGGUGAUAGCGGUAUGUUCGGCAGCGAUGAAUCUCAGUCGUCUGACUCUGGUACCUCAAAAUGGGGUUGGAGAUGGGGUAGCAAGAAGGCUAAAAAGAAGAAGAGGGCUAGCUCUUCUCAGGACAGAUUCCCUACAGGUGCCGCUCUCGCUGCAGGUGCUCUAGGAACGGCUGCGUUGGCUUCUACUCGGGACAGAGACUCCAAAAUACCCAGGCAGGCUGCGUCAAGCAGCUCCGGAAGCUUGCAGCAUGUGGCCCCCGUGCCAACUAGCGAUCCCACCCUUGUCGACGCGAUCAAGGUGACGUCUCUGUCAUCUACUGAACCCACACUCGUUCGACCUGGUCCCAUUCCAUUGCAGCAGCCGCAGCCCAUGACUCCAGUCUCCCAGGCCGUCUAUGCUACCCAGGGCGAGUCGAUUCCCGCUUACACUGCUCCCGUGAUCCCGACUGGCUUCCCUCCGACCUCCUACAUCCCCUACAGACCUGAACAAAUUCAGAAUGUAGCUCUAGGCUUCGAUCGGCCCCACCGCAGGAGCGAUUCUUCCCCUGUGUUCCCUACAGAGCCUCUCGAAGGUGCGCCCGCAACCGGCGUGAAACGUCGCUCGACCGUCAAAGAUCAGAGCUCGGUUCAGUUUAAUCUGACCAAGGAGCAAGCUGAUAAGGAGCGACGUGCGGAUCACCUUGAGCAGUUGAAGCGCGAAGCGGAGCGGGCCGACGGCGUGCAACUCAUUGAUAAAGAAUAUGAACCGACCGUGCGGGAUGAUGAUCGUCGUACAAAACGCUACGAAGAGCGUGGAUACGAUGACCGCAGACAAGAAGAAUCUAGAGAGGAUCGCUACGUCAAGGAUUCCGGAAAGGACAAAGAUUCAUUCUCGCGGGUCGGUGCUGUCGCCGCGGGUGCAAUAGGCGCCGCAGCUGCAGCUACCGUGCUAUCUGGAAGAAGUUCGGUUGACGAAUCAUCCGAAACAAGCCAACGCCGCCGCGACGAGCGUCGACAGCAGCGCCGCGCGGAGCGUCGCCGUGGAUCCGAGCCGGAGUCAACAGUGUCCAGCCGUAGUAAAUCUGAGGCUGCCCAGGAAGUGAGUGAUCAUCCGCCCGAGGAACGCCAGCCGGAGCCUACCAAGCCGUCGAGUCCCAGUCGUAGUCCCAGUCGUAGUCCCCACAAAUACGACGAUUACGCCGAGUUCUUCGCGCCUGAAGAGUUGCGGUAUAGCCCGGACACAUACACGCGGCGCGCGCCUGCUUCGAUGCCUACUAUCGUUGAGAUCGAACCUGCUAGUGAAAGACAAUCUCGAGAAGCACUGCAGCAGCCAGAGGAGUCACAUCUUGGAUACCGAGAUCUGCCAUGGCCGGUACCUGUUUUGAAACUUAUCGAGCCCACUCCUCCUCAAAGUCUGAGUGGAUCCGUUAGAGAUACUGCUUCACCCGUGGGUAAUCCUCGGGAUUUGCCUCCCCAUGAAGAGGAGGAAGAUGUGAAGUCGGCUGCACGACAAACGACUGGUUCCCGUGUCUCCUGGGGGGAGCACGAAACGCAUGAGUACGAAGUUCCGUCCACGUCCUCCGAGCUCGAAUCAGUGGACCAUGAGACCACUAGGGAGCGACAGGAGGCUCAUUCACCGGUACUCGAACAACGGAAUGUGUCCUCCAGAAGCGUCGCGAAUGACGUGGGGGCGGACAUUGAAUUUGCGGCAGCCUUGGCUGCUGCCACCGCAGCCGCAGGCUUUGAUCCUGCCCUCGUGACGGAGGAUCCAACAUAUCAUACGCGGUGGUCUUCUCCUGACUCUCGAGGCGGGGUCGAAUACGGACCUCCAUGGGCUGAGGGCGAGUUAGAAUCUCGGAUUCCGCAUGGCUUCGUUGAAGGCGAGGUUGAGACCCCUGAAGAUGAAAAAGCCCAACCCAACAGAGUCGUCGAAGAGCAGCCACUGUACUCUGAACCCGAGCCUGUUUCACAGGAACCUGACAAUCAACAACCGCCUGAGCCGCAGACUCGAAUUUCGAUCGCUCAGGGAGUAAUUGACCGGCUCAACGAAGAGCAAGAUGAGCGAGAUGGCUCACGUAAAGCUCUAUCCGACACGGAAAAGAAUCCAAACUCUGGCAAGGAACGCCAUGAAUUUGAUCUUCCUGCUCGAGACUCGUUUUCUAUGCCCGGGGGAUUCGAAACGGAAGAGUCCCGCUCGGAAACAAAGCGUGAUGUGGACUCGCGCGAGGACGGCGAAUUAGACCGCCGGUCCGUUGCUUCUGCCCCUGUAUCUGGCGAAUACGAUUCCUCAACAAGAUCAAGAAAAUCCACACAAGACAGUGGUUACUUUGACGAUGGUGAAGAUGCCGCAUCUGCCUCAGUGGAACCGGAUGGCAGUGAGGGAAAGAAAAAGCGACGGAAGAGGCGCUCCAAGCGUGACAGUGACGCCUUUACCGACUCUGCCUCAGUAACAUCCUCGCCCGCCAGAAUUGGGCAGUCCAGCGAGAAACGCAAGAGCACGGAUGACAAGGAUAAGGAAAAAAGAACGGGAGGUUUCUUCAGCAGUAUCUUUGGCUCGAGAGUUUCAGAGCCGGUAGAGAGCAAGAGGUCGUCCUCUGCAGAUAGACCUUCGUCGCGUGAAGUCCAGUCGGAGGUCGGGCGUCGAGAGUAUGAGGAGUCUCGCCGCCGGAGGAGGGAGGAACGGUCCUCCGCGCGAGAUGAGGAGAGCGGUUCCGACAAGGAGAACAGUAAGGCUAGAGACAUGGAUGGUAUUGACAUUGAGAACUACAAGUCUAGCAGGCAACGGAGGGAAGAGAGACGGCGACGAAGAUACGAGGACAUUGUGGAUUCGGGAAAAUCGGGGGAGUAUGAGAAGGAUCGCAAAAUAUCGGAAGACAACGACGAGAACCAGUCUUUUUUAGCAGAAGGCCCCGAAAUGCCAGUCCAGAUAGGCGGCGGCGAUAGAGAGUGUGGUGCUUCGGGGCGCGUUCCUUUUGCAGAGGGGGUCGUCACAGGGUUGGGUAUAGGCGUACUAGAACAGCGGCCAAGAGGGCGCUCGACACCUCCCGAGGCCUCUGAGAAAAUCUUGGAUCCAGCCCCCAGGUCUCGAAGUAGGCCGGCCUCGCCCGAGCCUAAUAGGCAAGAGGAAGCCAGUCAGGGCCAGUCGUCACGCCGAUCAUCCAUAUUGCGGUUGAAGGAUUCUCCCACUGCGGUGCCGUUGCACUUCCGUCGCCCCCCAACCUCGCCUGGGACCAACCGUUCAGUUUCCGUCGGCGCCCCUACUGCACCGUCACCCGGGUCUCCAACAGCCCCUAAACGCCGACCAAACUCUACAGAGUUCAAGAGUUCGCGCGAGAUCCGGCCCCUGUGGUUGGUAGAGCGCCACGGUCCCGGACACGGGGAGCAUGAGCCCGAAGAACCGUUACCAUCGCUGCCGUCAAGCAAGACCUCAUCCGCGAAUACCUCAGUGGAAGACCUCACAGCCCUUCAGGACGAGAGAAGCUGGGAGACGGUUGAUCUGAGCCAUCAUGUCCAUGAAACUCGGCGACCAAGCGGCAUCGACGUGUCUCAGAGGAGAGGUGUCGAGCAUGAUGUCCUAGGUUCUCAGCAGGUGACACCUACCGCGGCAACUUUCGAUCAGAUACACCCGCAUCCUCCUUCACGGAAAGAGAAGCUGAAAUAUGAGUUUCAUUCUCCCUCGGAACUCCUUCAGGAUCCGAGCCCUUACGGAGAUGUACAGCCCUUUGACGUGGGAGAUCUCCCUUCCGCCGAGGGCUCGGCCGUGGGUGUCAAGGAUGCAAGUGCUGAGAAUGAAGACAAUCUAGAACGCGGGGCUGAGGCCGUGCCCUCUCGGCCUUCUACUCCACAAAAUAAUGUUAUCGCGGCCCCAGAGGACACGGAGACAACCCCCACUCAAACCAGGACCGUGAACGCUUUCGAGGGCCCUGGAUUCGCUGGGGUGGUGGAUGCUGCUGUUGCAGCAGCUGUGAGCGGUCAUCUCAGCAUGCAGCCGGACGUUGUAGGUUUCGGCAAAGAAGGUCCGGUGGAUCUUCCUGGUGAUGUGGACAGAACUGAUAAGUCAAUUGCCGACCAUGAACCAGAGGCAACUUCCGUCCCCACCCCCGGCACACCUCGUGACUUUGCAGCUGUUGUCGAUGCAGCGGUAGCUGGAGCCACCGGCUCUACUGGCGAGAAGCCCGAGGUCGCUAGAGAAAUUGAGCAACCGCUACCCACUGAAGAGUCAAAGGACGAAAUAGUGGCUGCCGCAAGCGAACAGCAGGGACCCGAGGAACCGCGCCUGCAGCAGUCUCCUGAGAUAUUUGAGACUGUACUCCAAGUCUCACACGCGGACGAACAAGAGACAUCACGUCCGACUCCGAACGACGAAAGUGUCCCGAGAGAUGACAAGAGAAGAGAUUCGGUGGAUACAGUGGUUCCCCUAGCGGAAGAAACUUCCCAAGAAAAGGAGAUGUUGGACGCCAGCGCGGUCGUCCCAGACGUAACUGGUGAAAACAAGGAGCUGCCGUCCGAGACAACGAAAGAGAAUGCGAACGACAAUGAUCAGGCUACCUCUGAGGUGCCACCAGUGGACACUGACGAGCCAUCUUCGUCUUCUGCCAAGAAAAAGAAGAAGAAGAAUAAGAAGAAGCGUCAGAGCAUGGACUCGAGCAUCCAGGAGCCGACUACACCUGUCGAUGACUCGACUGUCGAUCAGGGGGAGGUGGAAAUAUCUACCGUUGAAGAUGCACGGACUGAUGCUGUCGAGUCGUCUGAGCCAGCACUAAAGGAGCAAUUUCUUGAUGAACAGCCUGCUAGUGCUGAAGCUACAGCUGCGCCCCAGCAGGAGCCGACAGAGGCUACAGUUGAUAUAGAACAAGUCACUGAAGCGACGGAGGUCAGCAAAGCACUUGAAGAGGAACCGGCACCUGCUGCACCCGAGGAUACGCCUGCCGAGUCAACUGCUGAAACACCAGCUGAGGACCAAGCCGAGACGGUAUCUUCCAAGAAGAAAAAGAAGAAGAACAAGGGCUCUGCUCCUGAGGAGAACACGCAGGACCCCGCUUCUACAGAGACUCAGGAACCAUCCGCUGCAACUUCGCAUGUCAUCGCGGAAGAGCAGGUGGAACAUACCUUGGAAACUACACAGCCUGCAGAGGGAGAAUUUAAGCCUACCGAGGAGAGUACCAUUGCUGUACCUGAGAAUACUGUCGAGCCCGAACCGGUGCCCAGUGAAACGGAAGCUACUGAAGACCUUACAUUUCACGAUAUUCCCGAACCGGAAGAAUUUCAAGGCUCACAGGUAGAGGCUGAUAACCAGGCUAAAGAGUUGCCGCACUCCGCCGAAGAGUUCCAAGCUGAGCCUACGCGCGCUCAAGAGCUUCCAGAGAAUCCCGAGAUCACUCACGAAAUUGACGAGUUAAGUUCAGGCAUAGAUCCUUCAGGACAAGCAGCGAGUGACAUGGUGAAUGAGACGGCCUCUCCUGAGGUUUGGCAUGACGCAUUGGCUUCUUCUCCCGAGGAUAAGAGCGCCGAAACUGAGAAAGCCGAUCUUAGGUCUGAUGAGCCACAGAACGAGGAGAGGGCACCCGAGUCCGAGAUACAGGCUCUUGACAAAGAACAGGUUGAGAUCCCAGAAAAGCCUGUCGAGGUGGAUGCUCCUGCCCUCGCCAGAGACCUUCCCGAGGAACAACUAGAGCAAUUCAAGGAGACGUCUACUCCCGUGUUUGAUUCUCCUUCUACGGAUCAGGUCGAAACAGCAGAAUCUAGUAUUCAGAACGAAGAGUCCACACCAACUACUGCGGAAUCGGAAACUCCCUUGUCACGCAAAAACAGCAAAAAGAACAAAAAGAAGAACAAGCGGAAGAACACUGCCGAGACACCAGUUCAGAGUGAGGCUGUUGAUACUGUAGAGCCUAUUUCUUCAGUUGAGGGCGUGCCUGAACCUGGGCCUGAGCCUACAACCACUGCUGUGGAGGAACCUCAAGUAAUGUCGCCGGAUCAGGCUGUCGACGAGAAUAAGGGAGAAGCUACGGACGUUCAGAAAGACGUCAAAGAUGAACUCUUUUCCGAAAAUACGGCCGAGGUAGCAAACGAUUCCCAGCCAACUACAGUUGAAGAAAUCCAUCAGACAGCAGCGGAAGAGCCCGCGCCAGACGCGAUAGCUGAAGUCAUGAGCGAAGCACAGCCCGCUGCACCUCAAGACGCCCUGGAGACAGCACCGGAAGAGCACGUUGACGAGCACCCAAAAAAGAAAGGCAAGAAAAAGAAGAAUCGCAAAUCAGUCGAUGUUUCCGAGUCCCAGCCUGAGUCUGAGGUAGAAGCCAAGACUGAAGAGCUCCGAUCAGUUGAAGCUGCGGAGACCCCGCAGCAUCAAAUAAGCGGUGAGGUAGCGACCGUGGGCGACAGUGAGGUACCGCUGGAGUCAAGUAGCACAGAAGCAUCUGCAGGGAUUGAAGACGUUGCCCCCAUUCCCGCAGCGGAAGCUGUUGAACUGAAUUUAGCUGUGGAGAAAGAUGAGGCCAAUGGCGGGGAACCACAUGUGUCCGAGCCCAGUGAGCAGCCAAAUAUCGAGAUUGUGCCCGGCCCUGAACCGGGCCCCGAACCUGUGCCCGAAGCGGGGGAAACUGCACCGUCUGGCAAAAAGAGCAAGAAAAACAAGAAAAAGAAGCAGAGCCUGCCUGCGCCCGAUGAAACGCCAGCCUCUGAGUCGUCAACUCCCGCAGACGCUGCAGAUGGCAACGCGGAUUUGCCCGUCGCAGCCGAAGAUUCCUCCUUGAAAACGGAUAAAGAGCCAGUGCGAGAGGAGCCGACUGAAAGCCAGCCGACCGUUGACUCAGUUGCUGAAACACCAGAUCAAAGCAUGGCGGAGGAAGCUGUCCCUAUGACCGCCGCGCAGAAGAAGAAGGCGAAGAAAGAUAAGAAGAAGAAACGUCAAUCUGCUUUAUUGGAUGAGACACCUGCAUCUGAGUCGAUUGACGAAGCCGAUACCAAGGAUGUUACUUCUGAAGGUGGUCAGAUGCGCCAGGAAGUGCCUUCUGAACCACAGUCAUCCGAGCCUACUUUGGAUGCCAUUGAGCGCGCCGAAGCGACAGAUGAGCACUCGCAAGAACAGCCCAAGGAGGAUGUGUCUUUGCACACGGAACGCAGCUCCAACUCCGACGGAGAGUUCGUGAUGGUACCGGAGCACGUGUCCUACGGAUCCAAUGAAAAUACACCCCAGUCUGGUUCCACGGGAUUCGAUGUCAUACAACUGUCCAGUGAAUUGGAGAAGCAACCAUUGACCCAGGAUGGUGACUCGGGUGCAAACGAGGCAACUCCAACCGAAACACUUGUUGCUGCUGCUCAACUUGUCCAAGAAGAAUCUACCCCCACGCCCGCAUUGGAAGGCGGUGCUGCCGUCGAAGAAGCAGAGGCUGCAGAAAAGGGCACACCUGAAGAUUCUCUAGACAAGAUUAUCGAGCACAAUGAGCCUGCCGACGAUAACCUGGCGACAAAAGAAGCUCAAGUCGAAGUAGUCAGCACAGAGAAUCAAGAAACUGACCAAGGCGGAGCAGUUCCGGACGUCGAACCUGGCUCUGAAGGCUUGGUCCAGGAUAAUCAGCCUUCCGCUUCCUCGAAAAAAAAGGACAAGAAGAAAAAGAAGAAGCGCCAGUCGCUUGCCCUAGACGAUGAACAGAGUCCCUCUACCAAGGAAGAACUAACUCCUGUGCCUUCGUCCGACCGUGUUCCGGAACCCUCGGCCGCUGAUGAAUCCUCGUCUACUCCCUCCGCCCCCGAAGAGCAGCAGAAGUCUCAGACAGACGCCACUGAAACUAUUACAGAAACAGUUGCUGAGCCAGCAUCACCUUUCGCUUCAGAAGCACCAGAGAACAUUGCAGGAGCUCCUUUCAAUGAAGCCACGCAAGAGCUCGCUGCAGAUGAAACUCAGACUGCGGAGUCCACAGAGGAAGCUCAAACAGCAAAGUCCAAGAAGAAGGCAAAGAAAGACAAAAAGAAAAGAAAGUCUGUCUCCUUCGAGAUUGAAGAGCCGUCGAGUCAGCAGAGCGAGCCUGGCCAACCUACCGCGAAUUUUGGCGAAACAGUGACCCAGCAUGAGGACCCUAAGCCUGAGGACGAACCUGCAGCACUGAAAGGCCUUGCUGAGGAGUUUCAACCCGCAGAAGCAGUCCCUGAGAGCCUGACUCAAGGUGGACCAGAUAUUGCUACUCAACCUGAGCAACCUGAGCAACCUGAGCAACCUGAGCAACCUGAGCAACCUGAGCCAACUGGCGAAGCUACAGAAGUUACAGAGCAAGACAAGCAGGUGACUGGGGUCCAAGGUUCAAUGACAGAGGAACAGCCCGUUGUGGAAGAAACUGCAGCUCCGACGUUGGCUGAUGAGGCUUCCCAAUUACAAGAACAGAAGCUCUCAUCAGAGGCCCUCUGGUCUGAAACUCAGGAGGAGGGUGUCAAGAGUGUCCAGGACGUUGAAUCGUCAGACAAGAAGAAAGAGGAGCCCGCUGUCCGGCCUUCGCUAGAAGACAACGAGAGCAUCAAGCCAGAGGCCUUGGCGGAACAAGCAGAGUCCGAGCCGCAAACGCCCAUUGACGAUGGUGAGCAAGUAGCCGGCCCCUCUAAGUCAAAGAAAAACAAGAAAAAGAAAAAGAGGAACACUCUGGAGUCAACCGAAGAUAUGCCAGUGAUACCGCCUGAGGCUUCAAACGUUGAGCCGGUCGAAUCGACACCGGUCCUUGAAACGGAAGAGACCCACGACACUGUCGAGCCUGACACUACAGUGUCUGAAACUGUGCACGAAGAGCAAACACCGCAAGAAGAGUUCAGCGGCUUUAUGUCGGCAAAAGCAAAGAAAAAGGCAAAGAAAGACAAGAAGCGCCAGUCCAAGACCCUUGAUAGCGCAAACGACGCCGCCAUCACCGCCGAAACCGCCCCAGAUUUCUCGGAGCAGGCGCCCUUGGCCACGUCAGGCGGCGAAGCGGAUGGGCCAGAUGCGAUGUUCUCUCAAGAAACGAGUGAAGCCGUCUCUACCGAAGCGAAGCCCACGGAGCAAUCGCCUGAGAUGGCACUCUCGCCUGCUGAAGAUGACGGUAAAGAAAAUCAGUCCCGCGACACCGAACCACACGGCGGCAACGAUAAAGAUCUGACAUGGACUGAUCACAUGGUAUCUUCGCAGGUAGAGCAGCAACAAGCAGCGCCUUUCGACCGUCCGUCCCAACCCGCGCUUGAAGUCGAGCCAACUUCCAUCGGCGAAGCAGCAACAUCUAUUGAUGUUGAACAACGUGAAAACAACGCAGACGAUGGGUUAGAGCGAUCUGGUGAAGAAGGUACGACAGUCAAGAACGAGAUUGUGGUUGAGGGCCCCGAGAUGCGGUAUGAGGGCCUACUUGAUAUUCCACAAGAAGAGAAGGGAGAGGCAUCGAUACAAGGAGAAGAUGCGGUUCAGGUCAAGAGCAACGCACAAGUGGAGGAAUCGGUGAAAGCAACGGUUGAAGGAACACCUGAAGAUUCCUUGAGCCAGGAACAGGUUCCAGAAUCCGCGCCAGAUGGCGGAGAUGCCUCAACUAAGGAUCAGUCCACUGACGUUGAGGUCAACGAUUCUUCAAAGUCAGAGGAUGUCCUUGAGCUGGAGAACGAAGAGUUGCCAUUGCCAAUCUCAGGAAAGAAGAAGAAGAAAGACAAGAAGAAAAAGAAGGCGCAACAGGAGACAAAGACCGAUGAGACGUUGCAGGAGCCUCUGGUAGAUGCUGUGCAAGAAAAAUCGCUAACAAGCCAUGCACUGACUGAUAUCGCGGUACCUGUUGCCGAGACUCAGGCAGACCCAGUUACUGAGCCGUCGCAUGAGCUUUCCCACCCACAGAAUCCAACUGAAACUGCAGUUGAGGUCAAAGACAUGGAGGAGAGUCUAGAGGUGCAACAAGAGGUAACGCCUGCGGAGGACGGCUUUGAGGAGGCACCGACUCUCUCACGGAAGAAAAGCAAGAAGGACAAGAAGAGAGAGCGCCUUGCUCAAAGGGCUGCCGUUGAGUCACGUGAAAAUGAAUCAAAGGAGGAACAGCUGGCGAGUGAAGAGCACCUCGUUCCACCUUCGGAUGCUCAGCCAGCCGAGCUCGCGACUCCUGUAUCCACCCAAGCACUGGAAAUAGAAAUACCUUCCGAGACGACGGCAGACACUGGCGAAGGGGAACUGCGUUCGAGCGCGGUUCAAUCCCCUGUUCCGGUGGAAGACAACUUAAAGGACAUAGAAACUUCUGAAAGUCAGACAGUUGAGAGCCUCCAAUCAUUACAGGCUCCCAACCAGGCGUUCGAGCGAGAAAUUCUGCUAAAUGAGGAUGCGGCAACGGCUCCAGAGGAACUACCUGCUGUGGAGAAGCCAGUGCUUGAUGCUGAUACAGCUACGGAACCAGUAAUUGAAGAACCAGCCCUGAGUCGUAAGAACUCAAAGAAGAAGGCGAAGAAGGCAAAGAAGCGAGCUCAAGAACAGCAAGGAGAGGAAACAACUCCCGCCCCUGCCGAGCUUGGAGAAUCCAGCAUUGUGGAGACUACGCCCACCAUACCAAGCGAGCCUGGCCCAGAGGAGAAUUCUGGUGAUGUUUCUGAGGCGAACAUUUCGAAAGAGCAGAGGACACCACUUGAACAUUCUGAGCAGUUGGCUCCAUCGGACGCCGCUCGACCUCAAGAGACUCUUGAGCAGACUCCGGAUGUGAGCAACCAAACUGAGGAUGUGUUAUCUAUAGAGCAGGAAAAAGAGGGCAAUUUCCAGGCCGAACCAAGCCAAGGCCUUGAAAUUAGAAACCUUCAAGUUGCCGAGUAUUCCAUCGAGAGUCAGCCUGAACCCACAGCAGCUGUUGCGAGAAAGUUGUCCAAGAAAGAGAAAAGAAAGGCCAAAAAGAAAUCUGCCAAGGAUGCCAUCGAGCCUGCAGACGAGCCGGAGCCGCAAAAUCCAACAGAUUCUAUCGGGGCAUCCGUUUCUAACACGGACCAAGCCAAGAUUGACCAAGAUCCAGUCGUGACGGUUGCCUCCGACAACCAAAUGGUCGAGGUGGUCUCACGAUCACUUGAGGUCGAGCCUGGAGAUCCGGAGGUGCACCAAGGUGCAGCUGACGAGGAUGACUGGCCUGCAAUAGACUGGGAGAAAGGUAAAGUCGAAAUCAAAGAACAGACGCCGGUUUCAUCACCUGAGGCUCAUGCAGUUCCUUUUGAGCCAGCCAUUGCAGAAUUCGACGAAUCUGCCAUCCCAGAGGGAUUGCUUAGACAACAAAGUCAAUCGCGUGAAGAGCAGCUAGGGGGAGGCAAUGACGGAAGUGCACACCAUAGAGGGGCCGACGAAACAGAAGCUGCUCCGCGAGAAGGCGCGAGAUUGUUAGAGCCUUCUGCGGUGAUCGAGACGGAGCAGUCUGCCGAACUGAAAGCAGAACCUGUAAGUUCGCAAGUGGCUUCUAAUACGAUCCAAGAGAAAGCUGUGCAGCAUCCCGAGAACGAUUUGGCAUGGGAUCAAGCAAAGAGCGUGACGGAAGGGGUGCCGCCUAAGCAAAGCAAAGUUGCGAGCAUCUUCCCAAAUCUUGAGCGCGGAUCCUUUCGACGUCCUGGUCCGGGCCAAGAAUUGACGUCGGUAAAAGAUAGGGCUGAGGAUGAGACUAUUGACCAAAAUGCGGAUAACAACAGCGCAAUCCAGGUCUCGGAGGCGCCUAUCCCGGCCGGCGAGCCGGAAGAGAGCCAUUUACAGGGUCAGCAAGAUAAGACAAGUCCAGAGCCAACGACUACGGUUUCUACACGGGAUCUAUCUCUGGAAGAGCCUACGAAGAUGCAGGGCACAAGCGACACCCCAGUUAACCUUGCUGUCGACGUUGAGUUUGGCCCCCCAUACAAUGUUUCUGUGAUCUCCGAUGGUCCAGAGAACGAAGCGAAGUCUAUUGAAAUCGAAUGGAAGGAGGCCGACGCUACGCGGACCCUAGAAGUUGAAACACCCCUGUACGCACCGUUGCCUGUGCAUGAACAGAAGUCAUCCCUUGUCAGCCAGACUUCUCCCGUUGAAAUGGACCCGGAUGAGCGGAUUCCGAGAAAUGAUUCUUCCUGUGGGCUUCGUCGCAGCCCGUCAAUUCAUGGGCGACACAAUCACCCGCCGCUAACAUGGUCGCUGGAGGAUAAACCAAUCACCAAGGCAGUGACACCGCCCCUGGCGACGACGUCUUUAUUUGGAGGACCAACAGUGGCCACUGCGGAUGUAGGCUCACCUCCACGUACUCCAUUACAACCCAUCGCGGAAAAAGAGCCAGAGGAUCGAGUGGAGCAAGCGAGCGGAUUCAGAUCCAUGGUUUCCGAACACGGGACGCCCCGUCUGGAGAUGAAGCCCGAACAUGUUCUUCCACGUCCCGAAACUCCAAUUAGAAAGUUUACAGAUAAUGCAUUGGCACGUCAGACAUGGCCUGUAGCGGACAACGACAAGCUCAAAAGCUCAGAAGACGAGGAUGCGGGACUCGCUGUCAAGAAACGACGGCCAGGUAACGAAUGGCCUGCAGAAGUACUCAAAACUCCGGACCAAGGAAUGCCCAUUUUGAGACCCAGCAGCGUCAGCAGCCUCAAAAGCGUGCAGAGCAAUCACAGUGUGGCUGGUGGGCAGCGAUCGCUACGACGCACCAGUCGCAACACCAGCGGGGAUUUGCGGGCAGCUAGCCAGGCACAGGAAAGCCACAGUCCCCAGCCACACGAUACGCCCCAGCCUCCUCAGCCCCCACCCUCCGAUCUCAACAUCGAGCGCAUUGCUUCGUCUUCCUCCUACGACCCCGUCACGGACAAGGGCAAGCGCCCCAUACGAGCCAUGACGGACGUCUAUGAGGGAUGGGGAGAGACGCCCAGCUCGCCUCGGUCGCCGAGCCGACCGCCCAGUAUCCGUCAUCGUCGAAGUAUGCAACACCUCCAAGAACUUGAAGCUCGUCUCGAUCAACUCAUCUCCGAAAAUCGACUCCUCAUUGCCGCUCGUGAAGCCGCCGAGGAUAAACUUCGAAAUGCUAGUGUCGCCCGUCGGAAGAGCGACCAUACACUCAACGAGCGCAGUGCCGACCUACGGGACAGAGAAGCCGAGGUGGAGAACCUGAAAAGUUCCGUGGAAUGGCUUCAAAAGGAAGUAACCCGUCUAACAGAAGAGAACGAAGGGCUUGCUACGACGAACUCCAACCUGACCGCCGCCCAUGCCAGGGAAAUUGAGUCGGUGCGCGAAUCGUCAUCUCUCCAACUGGAUGAUUUGCGCUCAAGAUAUGAGCAGCUCUCCACGGAAGUACAGAACACAGUGCGGCAUGAAAUUGAGACUGCGCUGGCGCGAAAGGAUCAAGAACUGCGACGGCUGAGGGAAGAACUUGAGACCGCUCGGGAUAAGGUGUCACAGUUACAACAACAAAUUGCGGCAUCCUUGCAUGAUAACGUUCUCGUCUUCCGCGAUGAGGAUUACUUUGACGCUGCUUGUCAAAAACUGUGUGGGCAUGUGCAACAAUGGGUGUUGCGGUUCUCCAAACACUCCGACCAUCGACGAUGCCGCAAACUUGCUGAGAUACAAGAUGAGAAGAUUGCGGACCGCUUCGACAAUGCGAUCCUGGACGGCUACGAUACAGAUAGCUACCUCGCCGACCGCGUUCGUCGCCGCGAUGUCUUCAUGUCUGUGGUGAUGACUAUGGUGUGGGAAUUUGUGUUCACGCGCUAUUUAUUUGGCAUGGAUCGUGAGCAGCGCCAGAAACUCAAGUCCCUGGAAAAGCAGCUGAGCGAGGUUGGUCCACGGAGCGCUGUCCAUCGUUGGCGCGCGAUUACUCUUACCCUCCUGUCGAAGCGCCCGGCAUUUGCUCGUCAGCGUGAAAGCGACACAGAAGCGGUUGCAUUGGAAAUCUUUGAGACUCUGUCACGUCUCCUCCCACCCCCAAGCCAUGUUGAAGCGCAGCUCUUGGAGUCUCUACGCAAGGUUCUGCGGGUUGCAGUCAACCUGUCAAUUGAGAUGCGCACGCAGCUGGCCGAAUACAUUAUGCUGCCGCCACUCCAACCUGAAUACGACACAAAUGGAGACCUGGCACGGCAGGUCUAUUUCAACGCCUCGUUGAUGAACGAACGCAGCGGGGAGACAACGUCAAAUGAGGAGCUGGAGUCGCAGCAAGCAGUCGUCCGGGUGGUCUUGUUCCCGCUAGUGGUAAAGAAGGGCAACGACACAGGCGAGGGCGAAGAUGAAGUAGUUGUCUGCCCUGCUCAGGUGCUUGUCGCUCGACCCGACAAGGAUCCAAGGGCCAGCAAAAUCUUCAGCAGCGACCGCAUGUCCCUGGACGGAACCAAGUCUGUUCACAGCGUCGCUCCAUCAUCGACCAUGGAUAUCAGCAACGUGAUCUGA